GAUUCGUGUGAACUGUGAAACGGUAAUUGCUCUCUUUUAUAUCAUCUCCCAAACCCCUCUUUCCCUCUCUCUCUUUCUCUCUCUCUCUCACUCUCUGAAGCAAAACCCUCAUCUUCUGUUCGCUAAUUCAGCAUUCAGUAAACAAUGGGCUCCGAAGGAUCAAGGGUUGUUGUGCCUAGGAAUUUCAGAUUACUGGAAGAGCUUGAGAGAGGGGAGAAGGGGAUUGGAGAUGGAACUGUCAGUUAUGGAAUGGAUGAUGCUGAUGAUAUUUACAUGCAAUCAUGGACAGGAACGAUAAUUGGACCCCCAAAUACUGUUCAUGAAGGUCGUAUCUACCAGUUGAAAUUGUUUUGUGGAAAGGAUUAUCCAGAUAAUCCACCAAGUGUAAGGUUCCAAACCCGGAUAAACAUGACCUGUGUCAAUCCUGAAACUGGAGUGGUGGAACCUAGUCUUUUCCCAAUGCUUGCUAAUUGGCAGAGGGAGUGCACAAUGGAGGACAUGUUGACUCAAUUGAAGAAAGAAAUGAUGUCACCACAAAACCGGAAGCUUGCUCAGCCUCCUGAAGGAAAUGAGGAGGCAAGGAUGGAUCAAAAAGGGCUUGUGCUAAAGUGCUGUAUUCUCUAAUUUACAUGAAAGUUAUAUGAAGAACAAAUUGUAUAUAGAUAUAUGCUAUUGCUUCUACCGGCUUUAGUUCCAUCGAUAUAUAAUCUUCUGUAUGAGAAAGAUGACCUUGGUUCCAUCAAGGGGUGGCUAAAUAAGGUAGAACUCAAUGAAUUGUUAACGAUAACACUUUUGAUAUCUCUUGUGCCAAUGUUAAAAUACCUGUAAAUUAGCUCUUUCUUUA